UUGUCGUCGAAGCACCAUCUCUCCUCCCACCAUCGAUCGAACUGUUUCUACACUACUAUUCCCUGGUGGAGUUAGGUGUGCUGGAGUAUUGAUCGGGCAAAAAGAAAAACUAAAUUUUGGGGGGACGCGAGCAAGGCUUUACUCGUCUCGACGGCAUUUCAUUCGUUUGGUUCGAUUUUUUGUUUUAGUUACGAUUGGAUAGUUGCACAGGAUGGCAUAUCAAUUCCCCAAGACGAUCAGCGCAGCGCGCGUCGCGAGUUUCGUCAGUACGGCGGCAUGGAUUCAGGGUGCUGCCGCUAGUGAGGCCUCUUUACCAGAGGAAGCCCUAAACAACUUCCUGCGAAGGCAUGGUGUCACAAAGGUAGCUAGACAAGCACCCGCAGCUACAACCACGCCGGCGCCUGAGCCCGAAGACGAGGAGGACGACAAGGAGAGCGACUCGUCGGUAGAUAGUGAUGGAAUAUCAUCUGUUUCUUCGCCUGGAUCCACAGCUAGUGCCCCAUCGGAAGAAGACGACAAAGAAGAGGAUGAUAAGGAAGAUGACGACAAGGAUGAUGAUGCAGCAGCCGCAGCCGCAAACUCCUCUGGUCCGCCCCAAGCCGGUAUCGCCGCAGGCGCAUCAGGCCAGCCAGCAAUCGAAUCGCCUGGUCCACCACCUCUCAGCACAGGCGCCAAAGUCGCUAUUGGUGUAUGGUCCGCAGUAGCUGUGGUGGCCAUCUUAGGAUUGGCAUUUUUCUUCACCCGAAGACGAAGAAGAGCAAGACUCGCACAAGACGAGAUGAACGCACUCCGGGACGAAGAACUAGCCAGGUCGCACCAAGAAAUGUCACAAGGAGGAACCAUGCAAUUCCCACCUCCACCUCCUCCACCCGCACCAGUCAUGGAACCAGCUUAUCUCAGAGGUUCACAAGACGGCAAUGGCAACGCUCGCGCGCCGAGCGGACAAUGGAUGGCAACACCACCAUGGCAAGAAGACCCUCCCACGUGGCGAGACUCGCAUCCCUGGCGCCAAUCCCAGCCAUCCGUAGCCGCGGGACCAUCUGGUCUUCCCUCAGGCAUAAGACCACCAUUACCGCCCUUCGCCAUGCAGAAUACAAAACCCGAGGACGAUAGGCGAACUGAAUUCACGGCCGAGACUGAAAGUACGAUCUUCGCGUAUCGGUAGUGAUGGACCGAGAUGAGGAGUUCGGUAGGGAAAAACAUGUUGCGCGCCAGGACUGCGCACACUUAUAGAGCGGUAUUACAAUUCAUCUUCGUUUUGUGGAUUGAGUCCAUAGUUAGUGUGCCAUGCAUUUAGUUCGGUUAAUAUCAUUUGUUGCUGCUCAUUCUAAACUGUUUAAUGUGAGGAGUGUAAUCAUUAGUAUUCUCACUUCGAUGCUAUAUAGUUCCACCGCUAAAGCAUCACUUGCGUUGCCAAUUUUCUGAGAUGUUUCCGGUGUUG